AGCCAAUCAGCGUAUCAGACUAGAGAAAAACAAAUAUAACGUUUGCAUUGUUUUCUCUCUCGAACAUCAUGUAAUCCCGGGCCGCGCAGCAGGGCCUGGCAGGGUCUCGCAAAUCGUCGCGAGCCAUUUUGGUGCAUUGUCGUCGACCGAGCAGCUGUGCGCAGGAUACUCGCUCGUCUUUCGUCUCGCCGCGAAAUGUCAACGCUCGGGGUCACGCGUGUUACGUAGCUGCGGUGUCACGAGAGGAUAACGGACGUACUAUCCGGACGUUUUCGAGUUGACGCGGACACGAUUGUAUAACAUCGUCAUCGUCGUUGUCGUCGUCGCCGUCGCCGUCGUAGUAGUCGUAGUCACGGGUGGUGACGUGAAACUGAUCACCCCAAGGAGAAACAAAGAACGCACGAUCGCAAAGCACUUUUUAAUAACCUUGACCCGCAACGAUUUUGUGAGCUGCUGACGGUAAUGUGUGUGCAAUAGGGACUUCUUUCAACAGUGCUUGUCUGAAUUUCUGAUGAAAGUUCCAAGGUCAUCAAAAUUGUAACCACACUUUGUAGGGAUAAAAUGUUAGCCAAAUUAGCUAUGUAAGGACAAGUUAAGAUGUGCAUUUGCCUGGACUACAUUUAUAAUCAUUUUUACUGUAUAUAUUCUGUUGUACACAUUGUAUGGGAAAUUUAAAUGAGACAAAAUGAGUAGUGAAAAAACAGAAGAAAGCCAGCAGUCACCUCUGGUGCUGGAGGAGAUAAAUCUUGCUCCAAUGCGACCUGUGUUCCCAGAUACAAACAAACGAUGCGUGGAUGUAUGGAUGGAGAAAAUGGAGAAGGGAGUAUUAACAAAUAUCAACUUUAGGGAAUAUUGGCGAGUGUGGGUUCCAAAGAUCUAUAGUCCAGAACGGAAUGGUAACUGUCUGGAAUGGGUUAUCGAUGAAGACACAGCCCAUAGGAUGCUUCUCAAGACUCUGGAGGAAUUUAUUUGUGGUGGUGAUCCACAGGUGGUUCUCAAGGAACUUAGUAAAAUGGAUAAUCCACCAUCCAUAUGUGGCAGAAUGUUCAAGAUGGGUGAACCGACUUACAGUUGUAGAGAAUGCGGAAUGGACCCUACCUGUGUUCUUUGCGUAGACUGUUUCAAACAAUCGGCUCACCGAAAUCACAAGUACAAAAUGGGUACGUCUAAUGGAGGUGGAUGUUGCGACUGUGGUGACACGGAAGCUUGGAAGAAGGAGCCAUUUUGCAAAACGCAUGUGGUAGGAACGCAAGCAAAGGAGUCACGUGGCAACAAACUGCCAGGUGACAUUGCAGAAAGAGCAGUGGUUGCUUUCGAAGCGUUAUUGGAAUACUGUUAUGAAUUACUGACUUUGAGAUAUACCGUGGCAUUACCAUCAAACCUCUGUAUCAGAGACACGGCGUUUUAUUCACUUACACUCGAUCAAUUAGAUAUUUUCGAUACUUAUUGCACUGUGCUUUUCAAUGAUGAACAUCACACUUUCGAUCAGGUGAUAACCAUGCUCACGCGUGUCCUGAAGUGUUCACAAAAGGAGGCUGUAGAAUAUGUGACCAAUGUUGACAGGGAAGGUAGAGCUGUCGUGAAGUGCUCGGUAUUUCGACAUUGUAACGAAUUACGUGCGGAGGUUGAAAGAUUUACGUACAGACAUAGCAAUCGACCACUCAAGGUGCUUGUUCUUCAUACUCACAUAGUCGCUCAUCAGACGUUUGCUAUACGGUUACUUAAUUGGUUGCAACAGUUCAUAAGUCAUUGCGAGGGUUUCCGUGUUUUGUUUAGCAAUAUCGCUCUCAACACGAAACUACCUGACACUUCGGUUGUCGAGGGCAUACUCACGAGAGACUCGCAGUUGUGGAAGUCCGCCAGAACAGUAUGGCAUAGGUUAUUCAUCUAUGGGAUGCUUAUGGAGUAUGAGAGCAAAAAGGCACUUUCCAUCGUAUUCACUAAGAAUUAUGCAUCCGUUAUGAAAGACUUUAUCAAGGACGAUCACGAUCAAUCAUUUUCGAUCGUGUCACUCUCCGUACAAUUAUUUACUGUGCCAACUUUAGCGCAUCUGCUCAUCGCACGUCAUGAAGCAUUGUUUAUCUUAUUUACCACGUUCAUCUCCGAGAGCGCUCGGCGAUGUAAUGCCGUUGGGAAGUUAGAAUUUGAAAGAAAUAUGCCACAUCAUACCUUCAAGCGGGCACAAUACGUACUUUAUGAUCUGCGGUAUCUGCUGAGCGCGAAACCAGACGAAUGGACGGAUGAUCUCAGACGUGGUUUCUUGCAAGGUAUCUCGCUGUUGUACACCCUUCUUUCCAGUAUGCAGUUCAUGGACGCGGUACAACGACAAGUCGGACAGCAUAUGGAAUAUGAGCCAGAAUGGGAAUCAGCGUUUAAUCUACAUAUUAAAUUAUCGCCAGUCAUUACUCUAGCCUUGGAAUGGUGCAGCUCGGACCGAGUGGUGUUGAUCAAAUCAUUUAUAUCGCUUCUGAGAAAGUUGUACGAACAGCUAGGAAAUGAGCCGGUACCGAGUCAAGUGCGAGAGCUAGCAGACCAUAGCGCGACCUGUAUGCAAUACGACGUAGCAUCUGAACCAGUUUCUAUCCAUUUGCCGCUCUCGAGAUUUUUUGCUGGUCUGUUCCUGCAUUUGGAGAAGUAUAAUCUACAUUUUCAAUCUCCGGAAUUUAUCAAUCAAACAAAACCGACGCCUGAACAGAUCAUCGAACCUGUGCUGGCAGCACAGGCUAUGAUUUCGCAAGUACACGCAGGCAUGUGGCGGCGAAACGGCUAUUCCUUGCUGAAUCAGUUGUACUUCUAUCACAAUGUAAAGUGCCGCAGCGAAAUGCUGGACCGGGAUAUCGUUCUGUUGCAGGUCGGAGCAACGCUGAUAGAGAGCAAUGAAUUUCUGAUUCAUAUUCUAAACAGAUUUAAUCUCUUCAAUUGGGUACAACCGGAUUUCGAAUUAAACUCCUUGAAGAAUCCAGAAGAGGACAGCAUGCGCCAGACGAUCAAUCUGGUGGAAGAGUUCCUGGGUUUACUCAUCACGAUCAUCGGCGAGCGAUACGUUCCCGGGGUCGGUCAAGUGACUGCAGAUGAUCGUCUCAAGAAGGAAAUUGUACAGCAACUAUGCAUAAAGCCACUUUCGCACUCUGAACUGAGCAAGACGUUACCCGAGGAUGUUGUGCACAAUGUUCAAAGCGAAUUAGAGAGGGUAAUACACGAAGUAGCCGAAUUUAAGAAGCCAAUGCAUACGUUCACGGCGAAGGGCGUAUACGAGCUCAAACCGCAUUUGUACGCGGAUUACAAUGUGUUUUUCUAUCAUUACACGAAGGAGGAACACAACAAGUCCGAGGAGGUUCAACGAAAGCGUCGGAAAGCUCAGGGGGAAUUGGAAUGCUGUCCGCCGCCGAAAUUACCUAGACUAACGGAGUCGUUCAGUCUGGUGGCAAAUCUACUGCAGUGUGACGUUAUGCUUCAUAUUAUGCAAACUGUAUUGGAGCGUGCGUUCAGUCUCAUAGCUAGAAGUUUCUCCGAGCCGCAAGUGCACAAGGUACUAUAUCUGAUCGGCUAUGCGCUGCAAGAACAGGAAUCCGGUUAUUAUCCUUUCCUCGCUUUUCCCGAACGAGCAGCGAAAUGGAAUAUCUACAAGCUACUGGAGAGUUUGACUAGCAGCCCGCGCGUGGAGGCUCAUAAGGAUCUACUCACAUGGGUCUUAACCAAGUACCGUGAGGUCGCCAGUUUGAGCGAAAAAGAGAGUAGUCCGGUGUCUCUUCAGUCCGAGCAGCAGCAGCAGCAGCAGCAGCAAGCGAGCGAGGCUGAUGCAGACACCAACAAAAAGUCGGACAAAGAAUGGCGAACGAAAAUGGCAGCUCUGAAACGUGCCAAAGUUAUGGCGCAGAUGGCUGCUAUGCAGAAACACUUUAUGAAGAAGAAUGCUACCCUGUUCGAGGAAGCGAGUUUGGACGCCAACAGUAAAACCAACGAUCGCGGCUCCGCCAUGGAUUUAACGGAACCCUCGUCUCAGGAAGGUACUCUGGUUGCCGUCGGUAUCGAUCAGACUACCAGGAUGUACGAACAAAAAAUGUAUACGUGUAUCUUGUGUCAGGAAGAUCAGACAGCGACGGAAACUGGUUCAACAAUGGUGUUGGCCGCAUUUGUCCAGCAGUCCACCGUACUGUGCCAACGCCACGGUGAUUUUCAAGAACCUGAUCCGUUAUAUUUAUCGGCAAAAUUGGGCAUGUCACCGUACACAAGUACGUGCGGCCACGUAAUGCACGCUCGCUGCUGGCAGGAUUAUGUCGAUAACGUACUCGCAAAGGAAAACCGACGGCCCUACAGAUCGCGACAACAAGCUAGCUUUGAUGCCGAAAAUCACGAGUAUCUCUGCCCGUUGUGUGAAUGUCUCAGCAACACCGUUCUCGUCCUCGUACCACCCUUAGGAAUUCUACAACCGACUCCGGAACCUCAGCCAGACAUCACAUUUGAGACCUGGGUGAAGGUAAUGGCGCUCGCGAUGGAAUGUAAACCGAACAGAAAAUUUGGCAAGGUCGUAACCGAAACGGAAGAGGGCGGGCCUGAGGAUGAAAAGAUAGUCAAUCCUAUGACAAUUCUCCGUGAACAUAUCGGAUUAGCUUGGGAGCCGUUCGAAACAGAAUAUUCACGACUUGGACCGUGUCUGACUCGAAGGAUGGAGGCCAUGAUCAACAUGUACGCUUCACUCUUUGCACAGAAUACGUACAAGGGAUUCGGUAGCUUCGACGGUGAUCCAAAGGUGCCUUUGUUAGCCUGGAAAUCGGUGUCUUACACAAUCCAUGCGAUAGAAUUUCUAUUGCGCGAUCUAGACAAGCCGUUGUUGGGUGCCAUGACUUCUCGACAAAGCGACAGUCUCGAGAGUCUUGUACGAUUGUCGGCUCUUCUGGGCGCAAGUUUUUCGAAUCGCGCAAAUAUUUGGUCGCAGCGCAACGAAAUCAAAACGUACGCGAUGUCAUUGCUGACGAUGCUAAUAGAGGGACCCUCCACCGGACCCAGCAUCUUUGACAUCGACCCGUUCGGCGUGCUGGUACCACUUCUUAACUCGUUACCGAGCGUCUUUCAUACGAGAGAGCACGAGAUGGGUCCGAAUCCGCCGCCGAAUCCGCCACCCAUCAUCACGGGCGACGUAUUCGACUCACACGCGCUCAAACUCGUGUUUCUGUCUCACAUAGCGAAGAUUUUGUACACAUCCGACUUCACCGACGCGAUGGAACUGGACAGUCACGAAACGGAGGAUGAUGACGAUGACGAGGAGGAGGAGACCGUCGUUGAUAGCAAAAUGGAUUUUGCCCUGUUUCAUAUAUUGGGCGUGCACUACGACAAACAGAGAGCUAGAGAUGUGUGGCGACGAGUGGAAACUGCCUGCCGACCUUUCCUUCGAUGUUGCGCUAUUUAUUUCCACUACGUGACCGAUGUGCCGCCGCCGAACGAAUUGACGCAGGUGCACGGCGACACAUACGAGGUGCUCUGUCAAUAUCUGGGAUUGCCCCCUACCUGCGACGCUUUGAUCUACUCUCAUCUAGAUGUAGCUUUGAAGCUCAUGGCUGUAUGGCGGAGACAUACUACCGUCUGGAAUCAUAUGUCGGGCGAAAGAAAGGUGACGAUCAUUAAGGAUCCGUUAAAAGUGAACAAGCUGGUUGAUUUGCCGGAUGAUUAUAGCGAGCUCAUCAACUCGAUAUCUCAAUUUACCUGUCCGAAUAGCGACCGGGAAGACUCGCGCAAUCCGACGAUGUGUCUAGUUUGCGGUGAAAUGCUAUGCUCGCAAAGCUACUGUUGCCAGGUGGAGUUUAACAAGAGUCAGGUAGGGGCGUGUACGUUCCACGCGAACACGUGUGGCUUUGGCGUCGGUAUAUUUUUGCGCGUACGCGAAUGCGAGCUUGUGUUUCUGCGCACCCCCAAUCGCGGCUCCUUCGUUUGUCCGCCUUAUCUUGACGAAUAUGGCGAGACGGAUCAGGGUCUGCGACGUGGAAAUCCACUGCAUCUUUGCCACGAGAAGUACCAACGACUAAAUCACAUAUGGCUCAGUCACGGAAUUCACGAAUCCGUCACUCGGGCAUUCGAGCAGUCUUCGAACAGUUUGAUGCCGACCCAAUGGCAACAUCUAUAACUCCGUGGGAUCUUCUCCAUGAUGUCACAAAUCUAAUUCAGACGUUUUAGACAAAAA